UGACUGCCAGAGCUUCUCGUACACCGUUUCUGUUUCAGGGGUGGAAAGAUGAGGGUGACCAUCCCCAGGAACCCUGGGACUGUGGCUGGAAUGGUGAUGGCUGUGUUUCUGGUGCUGAGGAUCCCCGAGGCUCACUGCAGAGAGGCUCCGAAGAAUUUCGUGUACCAGUUUAAAGGCAUGUGCUACUUCACCAAUGGGACGGAACACGUGAGGCUUGUGGCCAGACAGAUCUACAACAAGGAAGAGAUCCUGCACUUUGACAGCGACCUGGGCGAGUUUGUGGCUGUUACAGAGCUGGGCCGGGUGUGUGCUGAGAUCUGGAACACCCAGAAGGACCUCCUGGCGGAGUUUCGGGCCUACGUGGAGACGCUGUGUAGACGCAACUACAAGGAGACGGUCGGCUCCACUGUCCAGCGGAGAGUGGAGCCUACAGUGACGGUCUCUCCAGCCAGUACAGAGGCCCCGAACCUCCAUAAUCUGCUGGUCUGUUCAGUGACAAAUUUCUAUCCUCGCCAAGUUAAAGUCAAAUGGUUCCGGAAUCAACAGGAGCAGACAGCUGGAGUUGGGUUCACACCUCUUACUCAGAAUGGGGACUGGACCUACCAGAUUCACAUGAUGCUAGAGACAAUACCACAGCUUGGAGACAUCUAUGUUUGCCACGUGGACCACCCCAGCCUCCAGAGCCCCAUCACAGUAGAAUGGCGGGCACAGUCUGAAUCUGCCCAGAGCAAGAUGCGGAGUGGAAUUGGAGGUUUUGUGCUGGGGCUGAUCUUCCUUGGUGUGGGCCUUUUUGUCCACUUUUGGGAUAAGAGAGCUAGCUGAUCCUGAGGCUUCAUCCACAGGACUCUUUCCCUAUCUUGUCCUGCUAUUCUCCGUGGUUCCUGCCUCCCUUCUCUCAAGACCUGUGAACAAGCCAGCUCCGCCCGCAUCAUCUGUCAGGACCUGACUCCUGGUGACCCAGAAGCAGCUGUCACAUGCUCUUUUUGUUUUGAUUUUUCCUGAAUUUCUGCCCAUGACUCAACUUUCCUCUUCGGCUCUCUGAGCUGCCUGCUGAGUCUGUUUGAACCAUAAAUGGCCUCAACAGGCAUUUCUGAUCUCGUUCUCUUCUGAAGACUGCCUGUGAAUUCAGUGUCAGACUCUUUUAUCU